CCCGAGCUGCCUGACCUCUCUGUUACUUAUCCCUAGCAACAGGGGCUUGCAAGUUUACUUUUCGCCAAUCCCAAGAAGUACAGUCCCUUCCGAGGGCAUCAGCAGCCAACAUGCCCCAGAACGAAUACAUUGAGAGACACCGCAAGCUCCACGGCAGGCGGCUCGACCACGAAGAGCGGGCGCGCAAGAAGGCGGCCCGCGAGGGCCACAAGCAGAGCGAGAAUGCGCAGAACCUGCGCGGCCUACGGGCCAAGCUGUACGCCAAGCAGCGGCACGCGCAAAAGAUCCAGAUGCGCAAGACCAUCAAGCAGCACGAGGAGCGCAACGUCAAGGGUGCCCCCGCCGAGAAGGAGCCGUCCGAGGCCAUCCCGUCUUACCUGCUCGACCGCGCCAACCCGACCACGGCCAAGGCGCUGAGCUCGCAGAUCAAGAACAAGCGCGCCGAGAAGGCCGCCCGCUUCUCCGUCCCUAUCCCCAAGGUCCGGGGUAUCAGCGAGGAGGAGCUGUUCAAGGUUGUCAAAACGGGCAAGAAGACCCAGAAGAAAGGUUGGAAGCGUAUAGUCACCAAGCCUACGUUUGUCGGACCCGACUUCACCAGGCGACCAGUCAAAUACGAACGUUUUAUCCGUCCCAUGGGUUUGCGUUACAAGAAGGCGAACGUCACCCACCCGACACUCAACGUUACCGUCCAGCUCCCCAUCCUCAGCGUCAAGAAGAACCCGAACAACCCUCUGUAUACACAACUUGGUGUCCUUACCAAGGGUACAAUUAUCGAGGUCAACGUUUCCGAUCUCGGUAUCGUUACGGCUUCGGGAAAGAUUGCCUGGGGUCGUUAUGCACAAAUCACAAACAACCCAGAGAACGACGGCUGCGUGAACGCUGUUCUCCUGGUAUAGAGUUUGGGCUUGAUGCUGUAUGUCUCUGGGCAGGUUCUCAAGACUGGAAAUGCUGGCUGGCAUGGAAUUGGCGUCCGGUGUUGAAAAUGGCUGACGUGACUUCAUAUACAAGUGUGAUGCUUUUCGGGCAAUUGAAGACCUUUGCCGUUGGGUUUCAUUUACGAGGAGAUUUUUUAUGCAAUUGCC